AUGGAUAAUUUGGCUGAUUUAAAUUGUUUUGAAACUUUUCUAACACUUCAUGCAGGACAGUUAAAGGCAUCGGGAGUUCCAGAUAUAUAUUAUAAAGCAUUGUUUCAAAAAGUUCACUCACAAAUUUUUGAUGGCGGUGAAUACUUUCAACUGCUUUUAUUGGAUUAUGGAGAUGAGGAAAGAGGAGAAAAAGAUCCAGUAUUUACCGUGGUUUCGUUGCAAGAUAUAAAGACCGACUGUCCAAACUGUAUCUUUUUACUCGAUCAUCAAAUCACGUUCAAACUAGACAGCAUACGUAAGGAACUAAUUGAAAAUCCUUCGAUUGUACAUAGAUUAUCAUCAAUGAUGGGAUUGCCAGAUAAAUACGAUAUUGACAAUGUUUUAGAGAGUAUAUGGAAGUAUUGCAACUUUUACUCUAUUAAUGCUCAAGGUGCACCAGUUGAAGAAACCCUUCCUAUGUGGUACAUAAAUGAUGAACUUGGAUCAGCAGUUUUGCAUAGCGACGAACCUAAUUUUAGGAUAGUUCCAUUUAUUCAUGCACCGACACAAUUGACUUACAGCUUGUUAUAUCCAAUCGUUGACGUCGAAAAAGGAGAUCAGAUUACAAGAGACUUUAUUGAGAAUGUAAUGGUUAAUCGAGAAUUGAUGCUGUUACCUUGGCAAGAGCAUAACUUUUCAGACGAAUCUUUCGUACAGAAGGAACCAGAAAGGUCAUACUUCCUUCAAGGAAGAAUUGAAGAAUCGUUACCAGAAGAUGGCACAAAUUCCCCAAUAAUUGAUCGUAAUCAGCCAUUAAAAGUUUUCACGGACUAUGAAUUUGUAUCGAAAUAUCUGACCGAUGAUGUCUUUGAAAUUGUAGAGGAGUCAGAAAAAGCUCAAAUUCUAUGGCUUACAAAGCAUUUUAAAGGAUUUAAAGAAUUAAGCGAAGAGUUCCCAAACACAUUCAUAAAUCAAUUUCCAUUCGAAAAUGUCGUGACUAUUAAGGACAUUUUAGCCGUUGUAUGUCGCAGAUCAAUUGAAAAACAUCAUGAUCCGGAAACUCUUGAAACGUAUCCAAACUGGCUUCCAACGACGUUUAAUUUGAAGACAGAAUUGAAGGAAUUUGUCAGCUAUUAUCAGCAAAGAGGUGCAAAAGAAUUGGACAAUUACUGGAUCAUUAAGCCAUUCAAUUUAGCAAGAAGCUUGGACACUACCAUUACAAAUAAUCUCUCACAAAUCAUUAGAUUGUCUCAGACAGGUCCGAAAAUUGCACAAAAAUAUAUCAGCAACCCGGUGUUGUUUUAUCGACCUGAUGCCGAUGGAAAAGUCAAAUUUGAUGUUCGUUAUGUCAUUUUAUUAUCAAAAGUAAAGCCAUUGGAAGUUUAUGUUUAUAAAAAGUUCUUUCUACGUUUCAGCAACAUCCCAUUCUCAAUGUGUGAAUUUGAUGUGUAUGAAAAGCACUUUACAGUCAUGAAUUAUGGCGAAAAAUUGAUCCUAAAACAUAUAAAGUGCGAAAAUUUUGUAAAUUUAUGGAAGGAACAAUACGAAAAUAAUCAAUGGGAUGGAAUUGAAGACGAGAUAUGUAGCAUGCUGAAGCAAGUUUUCAUUAAUGCGACGAUAGAAAAACCACCUUGUGGAAUCGCUGAUAAUCCGCAAAGUCGUGGACUGUAUGCUGCCGAUAUCAUGUUAAGUCAUGAAAAUGGCAAAUUCCAACCAAAACUUCUUGAAAUUAAUUUCGUACCAGACAUGAAACGAGCAUGCGAAUACUAUAAUGACUGCUACAACGACAUCUUUAAGCUCCUGUUUUUGGGUGAAGAAAACGAAGUUUUCAGGCGAAUUUAA